AAACAAGGUAAUUAAGUAAAAGUAAGUGGAUGAUGUUUACAUUCAAUUAUUUCUGUCUUUUUGUAUUUGUCCUUUUUUCCAGUAAUUAACAGAGGUUUCUUAAUGUCAAGGUAAAUGCAGAAAUAUCUCUUUACUUUGUGUCGCUUUCUUUUGUUUUCUCAAAUUGACAUGCCCUGUUUUUUUGUAUUAUAUAAUUUUAUUUGAUCAUUUGUAUAUUAAUACACAUUCUUGAUUGCUAACCAAAAUUGGUGAUCGUCUUAGGGUCGGUUUUCUAGCUAUAUUCUUGAGGAAAAGACUAAUUCUGCAUUCAGAUAUUACGGGGCUCUAUAAACAUGGACGUGAAAGAAGAAAAUGGUGAAGUUGCGAAAAAUCAGCAAUUGAAGGAUCAGAAUCUGGGAAAAUUUACAUGGAGGAUUGAGAAUUUCGCUGGUUCAUAUUCUUCAAAGCUUUAUUCUGAGAUAUUUGAGGUCAAUGGAUGUAGAUGGAGGUUACUCCUGUACCCCAAAGGAAAUGGUGUCGAGUAUUUGUCUGUAUAUCUUGACGUUCCUGAUUCACACAGCUUACCAUAUAGAUGGAUUAGAGCAGCCAAGUUCAGUAUAUCUCUAAUAAACCAAAAGGAUAGCAAAAAGACUAUCAAGAAAGGAACAGAACAUGGAUUCAAUGCAAAAACCGGAAGUGAUUGGGGCUACACCCAAUUUUUUCCUAUUAUCAAAUUGCAUGAUAAAAAUUCCGGUUAUCUUGUUGAUGGUGUGUGUGUGAUUGAAGCUGAAGUAUGCCUCAGUGGCCCUUUUUGGGGUUCCACAGAUAAACUUUCCGAGUCUUGUGUUCCUAUUGAUUUGAGUGAGAGUAAACCUGUUGAUUUGGAUGAUGCGGAGUCUAUUUAUGUCAAGGCUAAAUCUUUACUCAAGUCAACAUCAAAGGCAUCGACCAGCUCAGAAUUCUGUGGUACAAUGGCAGUGCCUCUUUUUCAGAAGGAUGCAAUUUUUGCCAAGGAAAGGUUUAAUGAGCUGAUUUUGUCUCCUUUAGAUGAUUUGGUUGAUCCCACACACGAAACUGCUAUGACAGAGACUCUGUCUAUACUUGGCGGCAACCUUUCUUUGUUCUGUGACGAACAGGCGAAAUAAAUUAUGAGGUUGAAAGAUAUUUUCCCAACAACUAUACGGGACUGGAAAGACUCGGUUCAAGUUAAGGUCAGUUGUCAGCGUUUCUUAUCUAUUUUCGAGAAGACAAAGAAUUUGCUCGAAGAUUCAGUCAAAACUGAAGAGGGAAUAAAGACUAAACUGGAUGAGUUGAAUACCAGAAAAAAGGAACUGGAGGCGCAGAUAGAGGCGCUUGGAAAUGAAAGCCAACGACUCGUAGAGGAACGACUAGAAGUAUCAAAACAGACGCAACAAUUUUAUGCUCUUGCAGAGGAGCAGGCUGGCAAAAUUGAAGGCAAAGAGCUAGAAAUGGCUGGUGCAGAUGUCAAAUUAGGUGAUUUGAAAUCUAACUGGACCUCCAUGGUAUCUCUCUUCCAUUAAGCUUGUAAGAUUUGUCUCCCCAUAUAUGUAUUUGUGGGGGAGAUAAUUGAUUUGCCUUGCUUGUGUUGAUGCUUUAGUCACAAUAUGUAACUAAUGUUGUUUGAGUUCUGUGCUUCUGUUUGGCACCAAAACUCGGUACUUUCAUAAGAAUAAGAUACUCGUUUCUUAGGUA